GCGGUCUGCGUCGGCUGCUCCCUCAGCCGCCUCAGCGGUCGCCGGCGUCCUGCAUCUCGCGUCCCGGUGCCGAGGAUGGGUCUGAGCGAGGAGCCGCCCGCGGGCGCGCCGGAGGAUGGGCUGGAGGACGAGCCGGAAGACGGGGUCCUGGCCCGCGGCGGCGCCCUGGAGGCUUUCGGCGACAGCGCGGAGGCACGCGCGCUGCUGGGCGGCUUGCGGGCGGUGCUCGGGGACCGCGCGGCCCGGGAGGGCGUCCUGCAGCGGUUCCGAGCAAUAAUGGACAAGUACCAGGAGCAGCCUCACUUGUUGGACCCACAUCUUGAGUGGAUGAUGAAUAUGUUGAUGGACAUAGUGCAAGAUAAGACGUCUCCAGCUGACCUCGUACACCUGGCUUUUAAAUUUCUGUACAUCAUCACCAAGGUCCGAGGAUAUAAAACAUUUCUUCGCCUAUUUCCUCAUGAAGUAGCCGACGUGUGUCCAGUUCUGGACAUGGUGGCAAACCAGAACCCCAAAGACCAUGAGACGUGGGAGACCCGCUACAUGCUGCUCUUGUGGCUCUCCGUGAUCUGCCUGAUCCCUUUCGACUUCUCACGCCUCGACGGGAACCUUCUCUGUCAGCCGGGCCAGACGCGCAUGUCCAUCAUGGACCGUGUCCUCCAGACAGCACAGUCCUACCUGGUCGUCAGCGACAAGGCCCGGGACGCAGCUGCUGUUCUCGUGUCCAAGCUCAUCACGCGGCCUGACGUCAGACAGCAGGCGAUGGCGGACUUCCUGGACUGGAGCCUGUGCACGCUGGCUCGAGCCUCCUUCCAGACCAUCGAGGGGGUCAUCGCCAUGGAUGGGACGCUGCAGGCCCUGGCACAGAUAUUUAAGCAUGGAAAACGUGAAGACUGUUUGCCCUACGCUGCCACCGUGCUCGAGCGCCUGGACCGCUGCGGGCUCCCGGACAGCAGCCACACCCUGCUCCGGAAACUCGGGGUGAAGCUGGUGCAGCGGCUGGGCCUGACCUUCUUGAAGCCCAGGGUGGCCAAGUGGAGGUACCAGCGUGGCUGCCGCUCCUUGGCUGCGAACCUCCAAGUCCGCGCCCCGAGUCAGGGGGAGCCCGGGGGGCACACGGAGGCCCCUGACAGUGAGGAGGGCUACGACGUCCCCGAGGAGGUGGAGCUCGUGACAGAGCAGCUGCUGAUCGGACUGAAGGACAAGGACACGGUCGUGCGGUGGUCUGCAGCCAAAGGAAUCGGCAGGGUGGCUGGAAGGCUUCCCCAGGAGCUGGCGGAUGACGUGGUGGGGUCAGUGCUGGACUGUUUCAGUUUCCAGGAGACAGAUGACGCCUGGCACGGCGGCUGCUUGGCGCUGGCAGAGCUGGGCAGGAGAGGCCUGCUGCUCCCCCCGAGACUCCCAGACGUGGUCGCCGUGAUCCUGAAGGCGCUGACCUACGAGGAGAAGCGGGGUGCCUGCAGCGUGGGCGCCAACGUCCGGGACGCCGCCUGCUACGUGUGCUGGGCCUUCGCACGCGCCUACGAGCCUCGGGAGCUGAAGCCCUUCGUGUCCGAGAUUGCGAGCGCACUGGUCAUCGCCACGGUGUUCGACCGGAACGUGAACUGCCGGCGGGCUGCCUCGGCUGCUUUCCAGGAGAGUGUGGGAAGACAGGGCACCUUCCCUCACGGAAUCGACAUUCUGACCACAGCUGACUAUUUUGCUGUUGGCAACAGAUCUAACUGUUUCCUGGUUAUAAGCACGCAUAUCGCCGGCUUUCCCGAGUACACGCGGCCGAUGAUCGACCACCUGCUGACCGUGAAGAUCAGCCACUGGGACGGGGUCAUCAGAGAGCUGUCGGCGAAGGCGCUCUGCAACCUGGUCCAGCGGGCCCCCGAGUACGGCGCCACUCAAGUUUUCCCACGCCUGCUGUCCAUGACACGGAGCCCGGACCUGCACACCCGGCACGGGGCUGUGCUCGCCUGUGCCGAGGUCGCCCACAGCCUGUGCGCGCUGGCCGUGCGGCAGAACAGGCCCGUCGCAGACUACCUGGACGAGGCCGUGGUGCAGGGCCUGAAGCAGAUCCACCAGCAGCUCUGGGACCGCCAGCUGUACAGGGGCCUGGGAGGAGAGCUCAUGAGACAAGCAGUGUGUGUCCUGAUAGAGAAGCUGUCCCGCUCCCGGAUGCCCUUCAGAGGCGAUGCCGUGAUCGAUGGCUGGCAGUGGCUGAUAAACGACACUCUGAGGCAUCUCCACCAUAUUUCCAGUCAUUCCAGACAGCAGAUCAAGGAAGCGGCCGUGGCCGCCCUGGCUGCCCUCUGCAGCGAGUACUACGCCGAGGGACCCGGAGAGGCGGCCGGCGCUGGGCACGGGGGCCUGGUCGAGCAGUGUCUGGCCGAGCUGCAGAGCCCAGAGGAGAUGGCGCGCUGCGGCUUCUCGCUGGCCUUGGGGGCCCUGCCCAGCUUCCUGCUGCGUGGCAGGCUCCGGCAGGUUCUAGAGGGGCUGGGAGCCGUCACCCGCAUUUCCCCGGAGAACCUGAGCUUUGCAGAGUCUAGGCGGGACGCCGUGAGGGCCAUCGCCAGGGUUUGCCAGACGGUCGGAGUGAGCGCAGAAGGGGCCCCGGACGAGGUGGUGUGCACAGAGAACGCCGCCCAGGUCUACCACACGCUGCUGGCCUGCCUGCGCGACUACACCACCGACAGCCGCGGGGACGUGGGCGCGUGGGUCCGAGAGGCUGCCAUGACCAGUCUGAUGGACCUGACGCUUCUCUUGGGAAGGGACCAGCCGGAGCUUAUCGAGGCUCCGAUCUGCCAGCAGGUCAUGUGCUGCCUGGCCCAGCAGGCGAGCGAGAAGAUCGACCACUUCCGUGCCCACGCUGCGCGCGUAUUCAUGACACUGCUGCACGCCACCGGCCCAGCCGGCCCCACUGUCCCCCAUGUGCCGCACCGCGAGGAGCUGGAAAAGCUGUUUCCCAGGUCCGACGUGGCCUCGGUCAACUGGGCGGCACCGUCCCAGGCCUUCCCGCGCAUCGCCCGGCUACUCGGGCUGCCCACCUACCGCUACCACGUGCUGCUGGGCCUGGCCGUGUCCGUGGGCGGUCUCACGGAGUCCACGGUCAGGCACUCCACCCAGAGUCUGUUCGCGCACACGAAGGGGAUCCAGAAUGACCGGCAGGCCGUGGAGAGCUUCGGCGAGUCCCUUUUGCAGGUCUUCGAGGACAACCUUCUGAACUACAGGGUGUCGGUGCCGCUGCUCAGGAUGCUGGACCAGAUGCUGGCCCACGGGUGCUUUGACGUCCUCACCACGGAGGAGGACCAUCCCUUCUGCGUGAAGCUGCUCGCGCUCUGUAAGGCCGAAAUCCACAAGUCCAAGGACGUGCAGAAGCUGCGGUCCAGCAUCGCGGUGUUCUGCGGGAUGGUGCAGUUCCCGGGCGGCGUGAGGAGGAAGGUGCUGCUGCAGCUGCUGCUCCUGCUGUGCCACCCGUUCCCCGUGAUUCGCAAGACCACCGCCAGCCAGCUGUACGAGAUGCUGCUCACCUACGGUGACACCGUCGGCGCGGACGUCCUGGACGAGGUCAUGGCCGUGCUCAGCAGCACCGCCUGGGACGAGGAGCUGCACCUGGUGAGAGCCCAGCGGAACCACCUGUGCGACCUCCUCGGCGUACCCAGACCUCAGCUGGUCCCCAAGCCCGCUGUCCACUGAGGCCCGCUGUCCACUGAGGCCGGUCCCGGGAGCUGAGCCCGUGCGCCCGUCCGACGGAGGAGCAGGCAGGUGGGACGAGCACAGGAAACCUGGACACAGCGCCUUGGCCGUCGGCCGGUCCAUCUGCUGAGGGACUCGUAGUCUGUCACCAUGGAGGCGGCUUUUCCUAACACGCCUCCUGCACGCGAGGGGCCUGGGUUGUUGGUGCUUUUGUCUUAAACGCAAACCCACGUCUUAUAAAGCCCUGCGCUGGCAGUCUA